AUGGCAAUUAUGGUUUCAACCGCAAAAGAUAAUUUUGAGUUUAUGGGUUAUCUGUCAAAUUUGCGAUUAAAUCCUUUAGUGGUACGUAGUCAAAUGCUAGAAAACUCCUUUUUAAUAGAUAACGUUAGAAUAAAAUUGUAUAGCAAAAUUCCAAUUUCUUCUAUUAUUGGAUCGUUGGCUAAAGAUAAAUUUUGUAAUGUAUUAGGGCAUCCCAUUAGCAAAGCGACCUGGGCGGAUUCAUCAGAUUCUGAUAUUCUCAACCGAUUUGUGUGUAUAUGCAGAAAUAUUUCUCAUUAUUACAGUGGAUCCUCAAAAAAAAAGAAUUUGUAUCGAAUAAAAUAUAUACUUCGUCUUUGUUGUGUUAAAACUUUGGCUCGUAAACACAAAAGUACUGUACGUGCUUUUUUAAAAAGGUUGGGCUCGGGUUUAUUGGAAGAAUUUCUUACGGGGGAAGAUCAAGUUCUUUCUUUAAUCUUCCCAAGAAGUUAUUAUGCUUUUAAAAGAUUAUAUCGAGUUCGGAUUUGGUAUUUGGAUAUUCUUUCUCUUAAUGAUUUG